CACACAACAACGCUAUUUAAUCAAAUUACAUCGUCAUAUUUAUCUCCGGCAUCCCACCGAUUUCAGCGUCUCCUCGGUCAAGGAAUGAUUUGAGAUGGCGUCUUCAAUUGAAUCGUUGCCCCCUGGAAUUUUUGCUGAUAUUUUGUCGAGAACUCCGAUUAAGACUAUAGUUUAUAGCAAAUGUGUAUGCAAGAAAUGGCGCAGUCUGCUCUCGGAGCGUUACUUUGUGGAUUUGCAUCUGUCAAGGUCACACACAUGCCUUGUAGUUCAACAGGAAGGCUCCUUACCGAGAUGUAAUAUGUUUAAAUUAGGGGAACUGGAAGAUAAGCUGGACCGAUUCGAUAUUUACCAUGACCCUGUGAUGAAAGUGAAGUUUAAACUUGGUUUCCGAUGCAGUGUGGUUCACUUGAGUGGUACGGUGAAUGGAUUAAUUUGUGUAUGGCAUUAUUCGGGUACUGAUGAAACUUAUAUUUGCAAUCCGGUUACGCGUGAGUACGCACUUCUGCCGGAACGCAAGAGUAUUAGGAAACCGUUGCCGGCUGUAUCUUAUGGUUUUGGAGUGAUUGCAGCUAGGAACCAGUACAAGGUUGUGAGGUUUUAUCAGGGCGGUUACCCUUCAAGCCAAAACUUGUAUAAGUCGGAUUGUGAGGUUUAUACGCUUGGAACGGGCACAUGGAGAAGUUUAGGAAAACUCCCCUUUGCGCUUGGUGGUUGUCAGAAUGGUGUGUUUUAUAAUGGUAAUCUUCAUUGGUUAGCUCAUGAUCAGAAUCACAUCACUAGCGACAUCGUGUGUACUUUUGAUUUAGAGAAAGAAUUUUCGGAAUUAAGUGCAUCUGCUCCUCUUGUUGAUGAGAACGGAAGUUUCACUUAUAGGAGCUUGGGAGUUCUAGGUGAUUGCUUGUGUAUAUGUGAUAAUACAUCAGAAUCUGAAUUUGUUAUUUGGGUGAGACAAGAUUAUGGACUGAAGGCAUGUUGGGUUAAAGAGAUUGUCAUUAACAAUGACUUUCAUAGACCUUUGUACAAGACGGUUCACGUACUCACAGUUUUGAGAGAUGGGUCAAUCCUGAUGGUAGCCCAUAACGGUCACAUGUUCACUUACCAUCAUGGGAAUAAAACAUUGCAGCAACUCGACCUAUCCUGGACCAGCGACUUUAGCAUAUGCAAUGUAAUGGUUUAUGUCCCAAGUUUUAUCAGGCUCAGGAGUUUCAUGUCCGAACGAGUAUUAAUAUUUUAGUCCUUUAUUUUUAUUAGUGUUUUGUGAAAUGAGUGUACUAUAUAAUAUCUCUGUAUGCAUCUUUGUGCAACAAAAUUGUGAUGUUAUAUCUAUGUGUGCAGCUGCAACUUUAAUAAGUGUUCUGAGGUUUGUAAGCAGCUGCAGCGCGGAUUUCAGCUUUGCUUCUGAAAUCCAGUUUGUAAGAUAAAUGUAGGUAUGAUUGUAAUAUUAUAUUUAUGUAUGCCACUCUCUUUCAGUUCGGUUUA